AUGUCUAAGACACUCAAGAAAGAUAUAUGUGAAUUGCAUGCUCCUGGGUAUCAAGUCACUCAAGUCGAGAGCGGUCGUCUACAGCAAUGCCUUCCACCCGAAGUACAAUACGCAUGCCUCUACUGGGUCCAGCAUCUGCAGAGGAGUGGCUCUCUGGCUUACAAUAGCGAUGAAGCCCACCGGUUUCUGCAAGAGCACCUACUGCACUGGCUUGAGGCGCUUGGGUGGAUGGGCAGGACCUCCGAAGGGAUUCAAGCAAUUUUGUCCUUAGAAGCGCUUAUUUCGGUAAGCAUUCUCUAUGAUAUAAAUAGUCAUCUAAGUUAAUUAAACAUUACUCAGGCAAAUGAAAAUUCUAGUUUACACUCGUUUAUUCAUGAUACCAAACGAUUUGUCCUAUAUAACCAGUCGGUGAUUGAAAAAGCACCCCUUCAACUAUACUGUUCAGCUAUCAUGUUUGUCCCAGAGAAUAGUAUGGUUAAGAGACAGUUCAAGAAAGAGAUGCUACCAUUGAUUCAAAUGAAGUCAAAAGUGCGAUCAGGUUGGAGCGCGACGUUGCAGACGCUCGAGGGCCACUCCAGGCCCGUCAACUCCGUGGCCUUCUCGCCAGAUGGCAAGGUGGUGGCUUCAGGCUCGAACGACCAGACAGUGCGGCUCUGGGACGCCAGCACAGGCAGGCCGCUGCAGACGCUUGAGGGCCACUCCAGGCCCGUCAACUCCGUGGCCUUCUCGCCAGAUGGCAAGGUGGUGGCUUCAGGCUCGAACGACCACACAGUGCGGCUCUGGGACGCCAGCACAGGCAGGCCGCUGCAGACGCUUGAGGGCCAUUCCGACCUCGUCAACUCCGUGGCCUUCUCGCCACAUAGCAUUACAGUGUUAGAUAAUUGGGUAACAAAGGACAAGAAACCCGUCCUUUGGCUUCCUCCAGAUUAUCAUCCAACAUCUGUAGCUGUGUAG